GGAGAAAAGUCAACACAAAGUUCCCGAGGAGGCUCUGAAGCAUGAGAAGUACAGCAGUCAGCUGCAGAUGAGUCUGAAGGCGUCAGAGAAGAAGAAGACGGAGCUGGAGGACCGAACGAGAGCCGAGAAAACACUGAGUACCAAGAGUACACAGGAGGCUCCAGCGUGUCGGCCCACGCCUCUGUACGGUCAGCCGUCGUGGUGGGGAGAGGAGGAUUAUGGGAGUAAAGUUCAGAGCGGCAGUGAGCCUCAUGGAGACGUUCAGAAAGACGCCCCGCCGGUGGAUCCGGAUUUUUCCGGCUCUCUGUCAGAACCAAAGACCGUCUUCCCUUCGUACCACCGUGAGCCAAGCUACUUCGAGAUCCCCACCAAAGACUUCCAGCACCCCAAAACUCUGGGGGCGGAGUUUCAUGAGAUCCCCACCAAGGACACGGACACGCCCCCGCCACCGGCGCCGCCGUCGCCCCCCACCCCAACCCCGCCCGUCGUCCAGAGCCACGCCUCCUUCACCAUUGAGUUCGACGACUGCAUGCCCGGGAAGAUCAAGAUCAAGGACCACGUCACCAAGUUCUCCACCCGCCAGAGGAAGCAGCCGGCCCCGCCCACCAAGACCGCCACGCCCACAGACAUGAUGUCAGCAGAGAGCAAGGUGGCCGAUUGGCUGGUGCACAGUGAUGUCAGCAUGAUGAGGAGACGGCCGACGUGCGAGGACGUUUACAGCACCAAGAGCGACCUCGCCAUCAACAUCAAGACGCUCAAAG